CGAGCAUGCGCAUAUGGGAUCAUUCUUGGCCAGCGCUGCGGCUCCAGGGAAGAUGGCGGCGCUCAGGUGCCUGUGGAGGUUGAGGGCGCCUUCAGGGUCAUCCUGGAUGCAGGGCAUGGCGCUGGGGGCAGCGCCCGCCAGAGGAAAACAGUGGCAACCGGAUGUCGACUUUGUCGAGCAGUACUCGGGCGCUGUCAUGUACCCUUCGAAAGAGACAGCAAAGUGGGUCCCACCGCCCUGGCAUGAUAUCGAUCCUCCCAAGGAACAAAAAGUUUCCAACCUGACUAUGAACUUCGGGCCUCAGCAUCCGGCCGCUCACGGCGUCUUGCGCUUGGUGAUGGAGCUGGACGGGGAAAACGUGACCAAGUGCGACCCGCACAUCGGCCUCCUUCACCGGGGCACAGAGAAGCUGAUAGAGUACAAGACCUACCUCCAGGCCCUGCCCUAUUUCGACCGGCUGGAUUACGUCUCCAUGAUGUGCAAUGAACAGGCCUACUCCUUAGCGGUGGAGAAGCUGCUUAACAUCCGCCCACCCUUGAGAGCUCAGUGGAUCCGAGUUCUCUUUUCCGAAAUCACGCGUCUCCUGAACCACAUCAUGGCCGUCACUACCCAUGCCUUGGACGUUGGGGCUAUGACGCCCUUCUUCUGGAUGUUUGAGGAGAGAGAAAAGAUGUUUGAAUUCUACGAGCGGGUUUCCGGGGCCCGGAUGCAUGCUGCUUAUAUCCGUCCAGGAGGGGUGCACCAGGACAUGCCUUUGGGGCUAAUGGAUGAUAUAUACGAGUUCACAAAGAACUUUUCCGCGCGGAUUGACGAGGUGGAAGAGUUGCUCACCAACAACCGGAUCUGGAAGAAGCGCACGGUUGACAUUGGAGUCAUCUCCUCAGAGGACGCCCUCAACUAUGGUUUUAGUGGAGUGAUGCUUCGAGGAUCCGGGAUCAAGUGGGAUCUCCGUAAAACCCAGCCUUACGACGUCUACGACCAGGUGGAAUUUGACGUCCCCAUCGGAUCGCGGGGAGAUUGCUACGACAGGUACCUCUGUCGCGUGGAGGAGAUGCGCCAGUCUCUCCGCAUCAUUGUGCAGGCCCUCAACAAGAUGCCCGAGGGAGAGAUCAAGGUGGACGACGCCAAGAUCUCGCCCCCAAAAAGAGCAGAGAUGAAGACGUCUAUGGAAGCCCUGAUCCACCACUUCAAGCUGUACACCGAAGGCUACCAGGUCCCCCCGGGAGCGACGUACACAGCCAUCGAGGCACCGAAGGGAGAGUUUGGCGUUUACCUUGUGUCGGACGGCAGCAGCCGGCCUUACCGCUGUAAGAUCAAGGCUCCAGGCUUUGCCCAUCUGGCUGGCUUGGAUAAGAUGUCCAAAGGUCACAUGCUGGCCGAUGUGGUGGCCAUCAUAGGCACUCAGGAUAUUGUCUUUGGCGAGGUGGACAGAUAAGCGCCGGGGCCGUGUCAGAGCCGGGAUUGGGACCCGAGGCCGCGUCCCCUCCCUCUUCCGGAGGCCCGCCUGCCGUCCCUUCUCUUUCUUCCUGUGUGUCUGUACAGUCUUGUGUUGCCCUGCCGUGUAGGGCAGGGCUUGCCUACGAUUAAAAGAGGGGGAGAAAACCCACUUUGCAAACCUGUCGGAUGGAAGCGACCUGCGCACAUCGAUAUAAAUAUAUAUAUGUA